AUGACCAGCACUAACAGUCUUUCUUUCACGACAUAUGUAGAAAUCGAGAUCGACGAAGACUGUGACUUCGACGGUGACCGAAUUUCAACGAUCACCGAAUGCGUGGCCCCGGAAGCUCUAACAGUGACUGACUGUGCAGUAACGGAUGUUGCGACCAUUACCGAAUGCGUGGCCACGGAAGCCUUGACCAUCACCGAGUGUGUGGCAACGGAAGCUCUAACAGUGACUGACUGCGCGGUGACGGAUGUCGCGACAAUCACUAACUGUACGGCAACGGAGGUCACGACCAUCACGGAGUGCACGGCAACGGAGGGUCCCACUGUCACGGCAGGGGAUCAAGGCUGGAUAGUCGCGCAAGUGGGCGCCCAUCCGGAACCGGCCGGAGUCACAGAGGACCAAUCCUCCGGGUCUGGCGAGUACGCCUAUUUCUUCCGCGCCUCCGAGGACGGCCAGCGCGACCGCGUCACGAUCAUGCAGUCGAUGAGCCUGUGCCAGGGCGUCACGUACCAGGCCAGCCUCCUCGUGCGCUUCACCGAAGUCACGGAUGCCGCGAUAAGCCUGCUGAUCAACGACGAGCCCAUCGCGGCCCAAGGGUGGAUUACCGACACCGCCUACCAGCCAGCGCGCUUCCGGAACGACGGUGUCUUCGUCGCUCCUGCGGAUAGCGCUAUUCUGCGCAUCACGAUCUCGUUCCAGGAGCUCCCUGCCGACAGGAUAAGACAGAUCAACAUCGACAACGUCGUGGUCAAACCCUAUGAGCUGGAGGCGCAGCCGUGA